AAGACACCCUCCAAUGCGCAGGAAGCAAUACUAAGCUCCAGCACACUCAAGCGGAAGAUCGAAAACCAUCAAGGUAGCUCCCCCAGUCACAUUUUCGACAUUAUCGACUUGCAAGCGAAGAGCAUCUCGAUGUUAGCGCAUGAGAUGGUGUUGCUCCGAGCCGAGACCAAGCAGCUCCGUGCGGCAAAUGAGCAGUUAAGCAAGCGCCGCACCCGAUCUCAGACCAUGGCGCCUGGCAGCCGCAGUCUUCCGGCUCAGAAUCCCCUCUCUUCAGCCGUCUCUAGACCUUUUUUACAUCCGCCAGCUCUACCGCCGGUGCGGGAUACUAGUGAUUCACGGUCUAGUGGUUCUAGACUGUUACAGAACGAUCUGAUAGAAAUCUCCGGCGAUGACGAUUCUAACAACGACAGCCUCGAUGACGGCCGGUCUGACAGAGAAUUUAUAUCUCGCAGUGCUGCCGGGACAGGCACGAAAUAGAAGAACCCCUUGGUUGAUCUCAGCUUUCACCGCCAUGUUCGCUAAGCUUCUGCAGUCCAGUAGUGUUUCCAGCGCUGAUGUCAAAGCUGGGUCUCGGUUCGUUCCGAAGCGCUCGAGCUGAUUAGAAAUUGAGAGCUAGAAGAUUCUAGAAUGCUGCUGAAAAGGUGCGAAGAUACCUCAAACCAAUCAAACAAAACAGGG